UGCAGGAAGUGUGCAACGUCCCCCUUUCCUAAAAAAUCCUAAAUCGUGUCCCGCCUCCUCAUCUCCAGCUGUAGUCUCACACAGGCCUCGGGGAUACAAUCUAGUUUGUAGCAGGAGGGGGGCAGCUGUCAGAAUGCUGCUCAAUAUGCUCUGCUGCAGAGCCCCCCUGCGGGCCAUGGUUUCCUUCCGUACCCUCAGCAGGGGCUACUCUGGCUCUUCUUUUCCCCAUCAGCCUGUGCCUGACCUCUCAAAAACUCUUUCUCAUUACCUACGAUCACUCCAGCCCUUGGUUAGCAAAGAUGAGCUUGAGAGCACCCGGGAACUGGUGGAGGAAUUUCUGAGGCCUGGGGGCCAAGGAGAGGAUCUGGGGAAACAGUUACAGAAGAGAGCUGAACGGACUGACAAUUGGCUCACAGACUGGAGACAUCAAGCUAUCUACCUGGAGAAUCAUCUGCCCCUACCUGUGCAUUCCAGCCCAGCUGUUCUUCUUCCCCAGAGGGAUCACAAAGACUGGAGGGGACAGCUAAGAUUUGCAUCCAAACUGAUUUCUGGUGUUCUGGAUUUCAAAGCAAAAAUCGAGAGCCCUGAUGGUCUUACAGAGAUAUGGAGAGGCCAUCCUCUAUGUCCUCACCAAUACCAUGACUUCUUUGGCUCAUGCAGAGAACCUGGUUACAAAAGAGAUCGUGUACUGCUGCAGCCGGCACAUAAGUCCCCAUCUCAUCAUGUGACAGUGUGCAGAAAUUACCAGUUUUUCCAAAUGGAUGUAUAUAAUAGUGAUGGGUCUCCUCUCACUGAGGAUCAGAUUCAUCAGCAGAUGCUUUUCCUGCGAGCUCACUCCUACAAGACGGACAAGGAGCCUGUGGGGGUGCUUACCACUGAUCACCGAAAUAGCUGGGGACGUGCAUAUACCACCCUUAUCCGGGACCGGCUGAACAGAGAAUCCGUACACAGCAUCCAACACAGCCUCUUCACAGUCUGCCUUGAUGCCACUGCCCUUAAGUUUUCUGAGGAGCUGUAUAGCAGCCGAACAGCAGCCCAGAUGCUACAUGGAGGAGGGACGCAUGCAAAUAGUGGCAACAGAUGGUUUGACAAAACCUUGCAGUUCGUGGUUGGGGAGGAUGGGACAUGUGGUUUGAUAUACGAUCAAGCAACAGCUGAUGCCUCUGCUGUACUGACAAUGCUGAGCCAUGUUCUGGAGUACUGCUCAAGGGGGCCCAGACGUCAUCUACCUCGUACACCUUUAACACGUCUUCCUCCCCCAAAAAAGCUCUACUUCAAUUUCCCCCCAGAAACCAAACAACAUGUAGAAAAUGCAAAGCAGAACCUGGAUAUAUUGGUGAAUGACUUAGACAUUUGCUGCUUCACGUUCUCUGAUUUUGGCAAGAGCUUUCCAAAGAGACACAACAUGAGACCAGGUGCUUUUCUGCAGGUCGCCCUUCAGUUGGCGUACUACAGGUGUCAUGGAUCCUUGUGUGCCACAUGUGAAGUUGUCAGUCUCCGGACAUUUCAUCGUGGUCGAUCAGAUGUAGUCCGUUGCUCUUCCCCUGAGGCACUAGAAUUUGUGCAAGCUGCAGAUGAUCCCAGCAGACCGGCUGGAGAGAAGCUGGCACUUUUGAAAAAUGCUGUAGAAAGUCACCAGUAUGCAACAGAUCAGGUGGUACAGGGUCAAUCUGUAGAUGGCGCUCUUCUUGCUCUGAAGAUGCUGUGUAUAUCCUCUGGAGCUGCUCUCCCUGAAAUUCUUAUGGAUACAUCCUAUGCAGUCUCUUCUCACUGGAAGCUCUUUACAGGACAGGUAUCAUCCCCUAUAGACUGUGUGAUGUGUUAUGGGCCUCUGGUACCCGAUGGCUACAGUGUCUGCUUUGCACCCUCUGUGGACAGUAUUACAGUAUGCGUAUCUGCAUUUGACUGCUGCCAGGAGACUGAUGCCCAGAAACUAUCUGAUAGUCUGCAGGGGGCUCUAAGAGAAAUACAGUCUCUCAUUCUAAAGUGCCAACCUGAUGAGGCCUAGGACCGAGAUUUCUCCUUACAGAGAUUCCGAUUACUCUUGCUACAGGACAUCUGUCAUUGUUGAAAGAGAUCUUUAAGUUAAAAUGUAACCUUACUUAAUAAAGGUUUCUUUAAAUGGAAA